AUGUUUUCCACUAGUGCCUGCCUCGUGGACGGCCUCGCGCGCGUCCAUGACCUCCUGGAACAAUGUUUUGUGUCUGUCCGCAGGAGCGAAUACGAUCGAGGGGUGAACACCUUCUCGCCUGAAGGCCGUUUGUUUCAAGUCGAAUAUGCACUUGGCGCUAUUAAGCUGGGCAGCACUGCUGUGGGCGUCCAGACCAAGGAUGGCGUCAUCCUCGCAUCCGAGCGGAGAAUCACGUCCUGCCUUCUGGAUCACCGCUCGAUUCAGAAAAUUGUUGAAAUCGAUAGCCACAUUGCCUGCGCCAUGAGUGGCCUUAUCGCCGAUGCCAGGACGCUUAUCGAUCACGCCCGCGUCGAGUGCGCGAACCAUUUUUUCACCUACAACGAGAAGAUGUCCAUCCACAGCUGCAUCGACUCCGUCGCGGAUCUCGCCCUAGACUUCUCCGAUGUUAGCGACGGCCGCAGAAAGAAAACGAUGAGCCGUCCGUUCGGCGUCGCGCUGCUCGUGGCUGGCGUCGAUGACCAGGGGCCUUCCCUCUGGUGUGCGGAUCCGUCGGGCACAGUCACGAAGUACCAGGCUGUCGCCAUUGGGUCCGCUCAGGAAGGCGCGGAGACGAUGCUUCAGGAGCAGUACAGCCAAUCCAUGAGCUUCGAGGAUGCUGAGGCUCUUGUCCUCUCGGUGCUGCGGCAAGUCAUGGAAGAAAAGCUCAACUGCGACAACGUCGAGGUCGCGUGCGUCAAAACCAGCGACCGCAAGUACCAUCAGUACACUUCUGAAGAGCUUCAAGCUUUGAUUGACCGUCUCCCCGCGCCGACGCUACCGACAGCGACGGAUUUGCCUGCGUCUUCUUGA